UAAGUAGUAAAACAGCAAAUCUCGUCAAUACAUGACAGACAAACAAACUGCGACAAUGGUAAUUUCCAUGGAUAGAUGGGUAGGCAAAGUAGCCAUUGUAACCGGAGCUAGUGCUGGAAUCGGUGCUGCCAUCGCUGACCAACUUGUUGAAAACGGCCUAAUUUUUUCACAGGCUGUCGGACUAGCACGUCGCCCAGAAUUAAUCCAAGAGCAUGCCAAGACUCUCAACAACAAAAAAGGGAAACUCUACGCAAUUAAAAGAGAUUUAAGAAAAGAGGAAGAUAUUCAGGGUGCUUUCAAAUGGGUUGAAGAUAAUUUAGGACCAGUACACAUUCUUAUCAACAACGCUGGAACGGGUACUGGAGGUGGACUGACAAAUACCAGCACUGAAGACUGGAGGAAAGUUUUCGAUCUGAAUGUUUUGGGUUUGUGUAUAGCUACAAGAGAAGCAAUAAGUUCAAUGAAGAAACACAAGAUUGAUGAUGGUCAUAUUAUUCACAUCUAUAGUGCGGCAGGUCAUCGAGUUUUUUCUCCUCAGUUUAAUGUCUAUCCGGCUUCUAAAUUUGCUGUUACUGCUUUGACUGAAACGUUGAGGCAGGAGUUGAACAGUCUUGGUACUAAAAUCAGAGUUACGAGUAUUAGUCCUGGACUGGUAGCCACAGAGUUAACCACAUUAGGUACAAAGUUACCAUCAGACGUUAGAGAAGAAUUUCAUAAACGACCUAUUUUGAAAGCUGCAGAUAUCGCUGAUGGCGUUGUCUACGUUCUGUCAACGCCAGGGCAUGUUCAAGUUCAUGAACUAACGAUACGGCCGUUUUAAGAAUAGAAAAAUUCCAAAAUAAUGUUAAAUAUAGCAAACAUCAUUAUAAACAUUGACAAUUGAUAAGCUUACAGAAUAAAACAAAAACCCGUAAAAUUAA